AUAAAGCGCAAGCAUAUAUCCCUAUAAAUGACACUCUACACAGGCAGCUUGAAAACUUCAUCUUCUCUUUUUCACUUUCCCUCCUCUCUUCUACACGCAGAAUACGGUUCCGCAUAGCUUGCCACACAUCGAAAAUUCUUCAAAUAUGCGGCUUUCAUUGGUCAUCAUUGCCUUCUUUUAUGGCGCCGUAAUGGCAGCCCCGAUUGAGAACGGUCCGGGUACGAAUCAAGUGAAACCUGAUGGUCCAACGGGAGGUAUUGGCCAAGCUUUUGGUAACGCUGCUUCGAGUGUUGGAAAAGGCUUUGGUGCCGCCGCUUCGGGUGUUGGCGAAGGUAUUGGUUCCGCUGCUAAUUAAAGACAUGGAAGGGCUUCUCGGUUGGUAAUAUGCUUGGUAUUAUAGAAUUGUUUGGCGACGGGGAUAUGGUUGUGGGAAAGGAUCCAGUUAGAAGCUCUAGUUGGGAUAACUAGAGAAGUGGAUGGUGGCGCCACCAAUUUCCGGAAGUACUGUAUACUCAGCUUCCACUGCCGUUGAAACGGUCUUCAGGUUGAAAUUUGUACAUUAAUGCCAUCAUAUAUACUUCGUCCACCCGGAGCGCUGGGAACCAAGCCCAGUAGAUUUUGGCAUUGGGAGGAAGACGCUGCCUUUGGUAUUCUUGCUAGACAUUCAAUGUAUUAGAUUCGUAGUUCUCGAUUGAA